AUGUAUCGUGACUACUAUCGUCUCGACUCUCAUCAGACUCGACAGGUCGUUGACCAAGAGCGCAUCGGCCCGGCUGCCUCUCAGGACGUGUACCUUCAGCCGACCCCAGUGGCCCUAAGCAGAAGCCCUACUGCAAUCAUGAAUGCCGAUUCUUUUCCAGACUUUUCUUUCCCGUCCGCCUGCAUAGAGCAGAACCACAUGAUGAGCCUUCCCGAGAUCAUUCUCGACAGCCCUAUUGCCGCGGAUUUCUCACGACAAGCUGACGGCCUUACUGACAAUGGUGCCUAUGCGAGCCAUUACUUAGCUUCCAUGUCUGCCGAGUCCGGGCCAUUCUUCCUUGAUCAGCAGGCUCAUCGGGGCAGCAGUCUUGAUGUCCUCGAAAAUCAUAACUGUGGGAACCAUUCGCCAGCGGAAAACGGGCUUCAGGAGUGUGGCACUGACGAGCUUGACCUGCCAAUCAGCAGUCGCGCAGACGGCACCGACCUUGGGCUCAAGACCAGCGAGGACAGAGUCGGAGCCCCCCCUGCCUGGAGCGAGUUGAAGACGAAAGCUGGCAAGGACCUCACUGCUCGUAAAACGGCACCACGUACCGACUAUAUGACCAUGCUGGAUAAACGCCUGAAGAGAAUGGAGGAUCGACUCAUCAAAGUCACUCCAAAAUCAGACCUGGACACUACCGCACCGGUUACCAGAGCACUUGUCAAGCCAGCUAUCCUCGGCGGAAACACUGGCAAUAAGCCGGCGUCCAAAAAAAGAGGUGCUGAAGAAGCCUUUGGCUCGGAUCUAGCGGCGUGGGCAAAAGCAUCGGCCGAGGUCAAGGUCGUCGUUGGGGCAGUCGAGAUGCCAUUUCCCAAACACGGAGAGAGUUUGGAGGAGAACCUCCUGCUGCAAGAAGGCGCCGGCGCUUUGCCAUCCAAAGAAACCCAGGAGCAUCUAGCCGAGGUAUUCUUCGACAGUGUCUACGGACAAGCAUAUCACCUCCUACAUAAGCCCAGUUAUAUGCGCAAGCUGAGAAAUAAUAGUCUGCCUCCGGUUCUGAUUCUUUCCGUUUGUGCUGUUGCUUCGCGGUUCGCCCUGCAAUCAUCAAACAGUUCCGCAACCACGAAACCGUUUCUCCGCGGUGAAGAGUGGGCAUCUCAUGCCAGAGAUAUCUGUACCAGGCGGUAUGAGUGGCCCAACAUAACUGUCUUGACUUGUCUCCUCAUUCUGGGGUUGCAUGAAUUCGGCACGUGUCAGGGGGGUCGAAGUUGGGCUUUGGGCGGCCAAGCCAUUCGCAUGGCGUUCGCUCUUCAACUUCACAGAGAUUUAGAAUACGAUCCAUCCAGACAAGGAAGCAAAGAACCGCUUAGUUUCAUUGAUCGCGAAACUCGUCGACGUAUCAUGUGGGCUUGUUUUUUAAUGGAUCGUUUCAACUCUUCCGGAUCUGACCGGCCAAUGUUUAUCAAGGAAGAAUCCCUACAAAUACAACUUCCGGUCAAGGAGUCCUACUUUCAACUCGACAUUCCAGCUAAAACGGAACUAUUGGACGGAUCCUUGCCGCAAUCCGAAGCCACGGAUGAAAGCGGUGUCUUUUCCGAACGGGAGGAGCACAUGGAUGUGGCAGCAUACACCAUUCGUGCCGUCGCCAUCUGGGGUAGAAUUGUUGCAUACUUCUACCAUGGUGGCCGAGAAAGGGACGCGUACCCCUCGUACGAUGAGAAAUCGACCUUUAUGGCGCUCGUUCAACAAGCAGAGCAGCUACACCACAGUCUCCCGGACUCGCUUCAGUAUUCCAGCGAUAACCUCCAUCUGCACUCGACUGAGAAGACGGCCAGCCAGUUCUUGCUAAUGCAUCUUUCCCUGCAGCAGAAUAUCCUCUUUUUACACAAGGCAGCUGUCUCCCCGACCAGUGGUUCUGGUGACCAAGACCCGCCUUCAGAUUUCCUACCGCAGAUGCGUGCUAAAACUCUAAUGGCGGCGAACAGAAUUUCCGAAAUACUGCGAGACGGCGAGAAAUGCAGUUGCACCGUCACUGCACCAUUUGCUGGAUACUGCGCCUUCUUUGCUACUAGCGUUCACAUUCUCGAAAUCUUCUCUGGCAACUCCAACACCAAGACGACUGCUGAGAUGAAUGCAGGCAUCAACAUCACGUAUCUGCGCAAAGCGAUUAGGUACUGGGGCAUGUUUCACUGGAUGGUCGAAAACAUCCGUACUCAGUACAGAACCGCUUUGGAGGCAUCUCGAUCCGGGAACCUCUGUCUGCAAGGAUUAUGGGCAUGGCCAUUGUUGCAGCACGCAGAUUGGUUCAAUCGUUAUUCCCACGGCGUCUCGGAUUCCGAUGUCGCAGAACCCGCCGCUGCGUGGAGUAGGGAAAAGGGCGAGGAUGCUGUUUUGGGGCAAAGGCCCGAACUGCAGCCAGUUCAGGAUUUCUUCGCCAGUCUCGCAUCGCCGUCUGGCACAGAGGGCAGGGCCGCAUCACAAGGCUCCGCAAGCAAACGCAAACGAUCUGGCGAUGCUGUCUGCAGCCCAAAAGCGAGCAACCGGACCGGGGAAGCUGUCAUGAACCACGUGGACGCCGCCCUCCCCAGAAUACUCUCCCAACAAGGAGCAGCAGCUGCUUCACAGCAUGCGUCCGUCUCUCCGGGCGACCAGACCACAGCAGGAACAGGCCCUGCAGUAUUUAGCCCAGCAGCUCUGGCUCAUGUCCAGACCCAGCUAUUCUGCGCCAUGUCUCCGCUCAGCCCAGGGCAGGCAGGGACCUUUCACCAACACGACCUUGAUCAAGCAGGAUUCUAUUCUGUUCCCCAUAUGCCGCAAGUGAGUUGUGAUGGAAGCAAUCAUGCUGCCAAUGCACCUCAAAACAUUGAACAGCAGCAGUCUUUCGGCGCUUACGUGUCAACCGCCAACGGACACCCAAUUAUGGGCUCAAUCACGUCCAGCUGGCAGACCAAGGAUACGGCGAACAACAAAAUUCUUGACGCAGACCAAGGUGCAAUUAACAUGCGGGAGGCGCACUUCAGGGGCGGCAGUCCCAUGCAUCAGGGCCAAAGUGGCGCCGAUGUCCUCGACGGUUAUCCUGGCAGCAAUCUCCCACCAGGAGGAUGGUUCAUGCCUCUCAGCAUGGAACCGCCGCAAUCGCAAAACGUGAUCUUUUCCGGCGGUGCCGAACCCUGCAGGACCGUCGGCAACGCCAAUGCCAUGGAUCCAUUCAACACUGUUCUCGGAAGCAACGGCUCAGUGCCUCACCAGAUAAUGGAUGGCCUACGGCAUUCAUUGUGA